GCCGACUCUUCCACAAGUGAUUGAGUGUGUUUACAGAGAGAAAAAAGAGGAAUUUCUAGAGUCCAGAAAUGGUGGGACGUCAGUACGAUUGCUUGGUGAACCCUCUUGGGGCUGUCCGAUUCACUUUUGAGAAGGCGGUGACUUCUGGUACAGAUCCGGCUUCUUUGGACCGCAAUGAUUGGGGCGUUGCUGAUAUCUUCCGGGAGUUUCUUUUUGACAAGGAUGGCAUCAGUCAGGUCCCGAUACUAACUCCAUCAACUGUUCAUCGGGUUCAACCAAACACUUUAGUUCGCUUCCGUGGAAUGAUUCAAGACAUGCUGGGUAACGAAUUCUAUGUUGGUGCUUAUAAGAACGAAGGGACAUGGAAUACCAACAAGUUUACAGAUGUCUCUCAAUUUGCCAUGGAUCCUUCUGCUGAUAUGCGUGUCUGGGAGCGUCGUCUUCUCUACUGUGUUCCUGUCCCUGGCCUGAAUUCAUGGGCAGAUUCUACUUCUGAUGAGGUGGAAAUGCAAGAUGCAAGCAAUGAGCUGCCAAAUUCUCCACGUGCAAAGAAGAUGCGGGAAGGUGAAUCCUUCAUGACUGAGGAAACAGACUGUGGUGGACCUACAGUGUCUGAUGUCGAUUUCAGAAAUAAGUUUUCAUGUUUAGUCAAGAUAUACGACUCUCCAGAGUCUGAUUUAAAGCUAAAUGAUGUGUUUGAGUUCAUUGGUGUCCUUACAAUUGACACUGAAGUUAAAAAUGAUAAAAAUGGUGAACAUGAACUGGAAGAUGAAUUAGUCAACUUACCUCCUAGCAAGGUGCCACGUCUUCAUUGUCUUGUACACAGAAAGCUUUCAGUUCCUGACAUGGUCUUUAAGUCCCCAACAAUGGAGCCAAAGCCCCAUUUGGUGAAAGAAAUACGUGAAUCCUUGUUGCACUACCUUAAAGUAGUUCUUGGUGAUGAUGAGUUAGCAGCUCAUUUUAUGUUGUUGCAUUUAUUGUCAAAGGUUCAUUCAAGGGUAGACUCAUUUGCUGUAGGGAAGCUAUCACUUAACCUUACAAGUUUCGACAAGUCAAGUAUAUCUGUUUUUGGUAAACGAAUCAAUAAUGCAAUAAAGACCCUUUUACCCUUCACUCAUCAUAUGCCUCUCACAGUUGAAUAUCUCAACACUGUUUCACUAUCACCAGUAAAAGAUUACGAAACAAACAGACUUGUGAGUGGGGCUUUACAGUGUGCGGAGGGGUCACAUUUUAUGAUAGAUGAGACAUCAUUACAAGCAGGGGUAUUGAAUAGUAAUGGUGUUGAAAAUACAAGAUUGCUCAAGGAUUUGAUGGAGUUUCAAAAAGUGGAAUAUGAUUUUAAAUAUUAUAAAAUGAAUAUGGAUGCAGAUGUUCAAAUAUUGGUACUUUCAGAAGCAAAAUCAAACAUUCUACCAGCUGAUUUAAUUGUCCCUUUUCAUCCUUCUUCUGUGGGUCCCUUGGGUGAUGUGGACGAAGAAACAUUGAAUGAAUGGAGAUGGUAUUUGGCUACUCUUAGAUCAUCACCACAUUCUAUUGAAACAGAAAUGCAAAAGGUGGUGGAAGAUGAUAUGGUUGCAGCUAGGCAAGUUGAUAGGAGCCUAGGAAGUGAAGAUUUUAGCAGGUGGCUUACAAUAGGGCGUUUGAUGUCAUUGAGCUUUGGGGAGACAUGUUUAUCACAUCAACACUGGCAAAUGGUGAAAGAAAUGGAAAGGUUAAGAAAAGAGAGGCUCCAAUGAGUGUGUUUGUGGUUCAGUUUGGGAAAUAGAUUAGAAGUUGUAUGGAU